UUCCUUGCUUACAUCCUGCACUGACACUGCAACACGUCAGUGGUGUUAGCAAAAGAUGAACACUGGCGUCCCAGUGUGGCCUUGUUCUGUAGCACCCUCGGAGCCUUAAUGGAGCAGUAAGUAAGAUGUUUACAAAGAGCCAUCCUCAGGCGGUGCACAGCAGCAUCCUGCCAGUCAGUAACCUGCGUGGAACAGUCGCUCCUCCCCCCGUGGCGCACGGCCGGGUGGACUGGCCCUUUAAGAGGAAUAAAAACGACAGCUGAGCUCCGCACGAGCCAAGCGCGGCGUCGACGCUCUUUACCUUUCAUCGGUAAAAACACCGGGGCUGUACGGAUUGUUCCACUGUAUUACAUUUCUUUUUAACAUCAGGAUUCAUAUGAAGUGGACUUUUAAAUCCUAGGAGGAGAAAUGCGAGCCGGCGCCCUGCCGGCGUUGCUCUCUGGUGCGUAAUUGAUUCGGACUUCCUGAACACCAGCCAGGCUGCACCUCAGGGAGCUUCUCCUAAUAGAACUAAGUAAAUAACAAUGGAAGACAAGCGCAAGAAGCGAAGCCCAAAAGUGUCCCUCCCCCAACCGCCUCCACCGCCCAUCAACCCCCGCAAGCUCUCCGUCCUGCCUGCCAGCAAAAGUGCCACCUUCUCCCUUGGCCUGCCGCAGCCUCCCUCCCCCAAGAACAGGGGCAAGUAUAAAAGGUCCAUAGGAGCACCGGGACAGCCCAAAGACGUGUUCACAGCGGUCGUUGCUCCACCAAAGAUCACCAGACCCCACAGGGAGAAGCCCAGGGCCCCCCAGCCAGCAGGGCCCAGUAAAGUAGUCCAGUCGUCCCCCCUGCAGCACUCCUUCCUCACAGAUGUCUCAGAUGUGAGAGAGAUGGAGGGAGGCCUCCUCAACCUCCUCAAUGACUUCCACUCAGGCAAACUGCAAGCUUUCGGUAAAGUAUGCUCCUUUGAGCAGCUUGAACACGUGCGGGAGAUGCAGGAAAAGCUGGCACGACUGCACUUCAGCCUUGACAGCCAUGUGGAGGAGCUUUCUGAGGACCAGAGGAAAUGUGCCUCCGACCACAACCUGGAACACCUGCUCUGCAACCUUGAAGAGCUCAGCACCUCAAUACAAAAGCUCCACUUGGCUGAGAAUCAGGACCUGCCCAAGACAUCUGGUCCCUGACAGAAUGAGGUGUUCGGGAUGGCAACCACACACUCGUCUAACGUGGAAUUGAUCCAGCUGCCUUAGUAACAGGAUGGAAAGAUCAACGGGAGGAGGGGCUCGUUUUUUCCAUUUGGUCAGUGAAGCUGAGGGAACAAAGCAAGGACUCGAGAGCAGCAGAGCAUUAACUGAACACUCUGUCAAAAUCAUGAACCGCUCUCAUUCAUAACACAAAAGGAACUUGAUGGUUAACUGAUCAGGAAUCUGUGAGAAUAUCCUGUAUGUUAACUUUCCCUUGGCUUUAGUUUUUAGUUACAUAAUUUUAAGAAAGUCAAUCCAGGUGAGUGAACUCAUUGGCUGUUUUUUUUUUUUUUCAUGCCAAAAAGCACAUUUAAUGAGACUUUGAAAUAUUUAUACUGUUUCUUUUGUUGUAUGUAUAUGCCUAAUCUGUGAGAUAUUCCAUCUAACUGUAUGCAUCCGUAAGCAAAGGUAAGGAAUCUGCACAUUCAAGUAGCAAACGCAUUCGGCCCUUUUGACAGCACCACUGUGGCUAGCUCUGAAGUUUAAAGGGAGUUUUGCUCUUAUUCUGAAAGCACUCCCUCAUUUUUAUAUCUUUGCUAAAGGUUUGCUAUUGGAAAACACUGGACGUGGAAAACAAUGUUUAUUUUCUGUGUAUAUUGCUGAUAUCAAGUUUGAAUUAUGUGCAGUUUAGUUGCUGUAUUGGACAGGAUUACCUUUAGGUUUUCUUUUUUCUUUAAAAAAAAUUAAAUUAAAACAGCAGUAGCAGCAUCCCUCUAAGCACAAGCUAGUUCACCCUGCUGCUGAAAUGCUAGAAAAUCACGUACCAUUGCAUGAAGGUCAAACAGUAGCUUGUUCAGUCUUACAAGGACCACACAUGCGUAGUGUUUUGCAGCUAGCAUACAUUUCUAAACAGUGCUAUUUCAAAAUGGCAGCUACUUUGAUAUAAAGGUUCGGUGAUUAUGAUUUGUGUUUUAUUAAAUUACAAACCCAAGAGUGUACUUUGGAUGUCAUGUUUAAUCAUGACCAUAGAAUUACAGAGAUAUUAGUGUUCACUGUUAAACAUGAGAGC